CUGGAAUCUGGAAAUUUAGAAAAUUUUGCGCAAUGAUCUUCUGCGCAGACGCUCGACGCUCAUCAUGGCUGAGUUCCGAUACUCACUGCCAGUACUAGUAAAAUCUAUAAUAUACGUGACCUGAACUAUAAUAUAUAUUUUCAGUACUGGUGAGUGAAUAUCGGAACGCAGCCCGUGUAACGGCCUUAAGGUAUAGGCUCGCCUAGCGAUCAUCUGUUCACCAUCCAUGAUUGACAACUUCUGUUGCUCCCACAUUCAGUAGUUCCUCGUGGUUCCUCGUUCUUUGAGAUUACACGUUGCCAAGGAACGUGCCAAAAAUUAGUUACUUAGUUGCGUUGCGGAAGCGUGAACGAUUGUCUCCACGUGAGUUAUCCGUGAGAAUUUAUUAGAAAAAAAAAAAGAAAGAGCGCGUAGUAGAGUUCGAGUCGCUCGAUUAUGUGCGCGAAAAUGGCCUUUCAACAUCAGCCGGGUACCGCGAUGGAGUGCCUAAGCAUACCAAUUACAUUACAUAAAGAAACAGAAAUCAAUGAAAAUGGCGAAGAAGUAAUGAAGUGUGGAUUUAAAAUCGGUGGUGGCAUUGACCAGGACUUUACAAAAAGUCCACAAGGAUAUACAGACAAUGGUAUAUAUGUAACAGAAGUUCAUGAUGGAUCACCAGCAGCAAAAAGUGGUCUUAGGAUGCAUGACAAAAUUUUACAGUGUAACGGAUACGACUUUACAAUGGUAACUCACAAGAAAGCAGUUUCUUACAUAAGAAAGCAUCCAGUAUUAAAUCUUUUAGUAGCUCGUAAAGGUGUUACCAGUACUUAAAGAUAUGCCAAAAGAGAUUUUUAUUGUUUAUCAGAUAUUUAUUUUAUAUUAUACUUUAAGGAGGUUUGCCUAUCCAAUCUAUUUUUCUGCCAAAUAUUACAAUAAGUAGCAACCUCUCUCUAUGAAGUAAUACGUAGAAAUUAAUUCAAUGCAUAUAAGAUAAUGUUGAAUCAUGGAGUUGAAAAAGUUGAUUUCUUUGUUAUUUCAAGGCUGAAGUAAAUAGAUGUUAUGCUAAUCUGAUAUUAUUAGCACCUUUAUAAAAAAGUUUAAAAAGAGAUGCCAAAGUAUAAUAAUGUUGCAUUUAGUUAUAUAUCUUUGACUAUAAUGAUAUAGAUAAUCUUUCUUCAUAUAUAUAUAUAUAUGUGUGUGUGUGUGUGUGUGUGUGUGUGUGCGCGCGCGCGUGUGUGAAUUUUUAUCAAGAAUUAUUAUAUUGUAUGCAUCUUCUUUAGUGUAUUGUAAUCAUUAAAUCUACCUUAUUUUAUAAUUUUAUAGUCAAAGACAUACAUAGACAUAAUAUCGAUUUUUGUAAUUAUAUAUUCUAAUUUCAAUUGUUUAAAGAAUUAAUACUUCUGAAAAAAAAUAUUGGGGAACUUUCCAAAAUCUUUCAUAAUCAUACAAAUAUUCAUAUUAUUCAAUAUAAAAAAAGUUAUUUUCUCUAAAAUAUUUUUUAAAGAACAUUUUCUUAUACCAGACUUCAGACAUAAUUAUUAAUUAUUUUAGUAUACGUUUUAUAUUGUUAUUAAAAUUAUUGUGAUAAAGUAAUCUACUUUUUAAAGUGCA